CUAAGAACCAAAAAACUACAUAGACUCGAGUCUGAUCACUGCACUACCAACCUUAUCGGCUCUUGAGAAUAGAAGUCAUGCCAACGCUCCGGCAGAUCGAAGCCAUUUUCGACAACCUCAGCCAAGGAAAUGCGGCAGAGUUUUAUAAGCACGUUGAUGAUAACGUCGCGUGGACAGUAAAGGGCACUUUUUGCGCAAUUGCAGGCGAAUACAACUCCAAAGCUGCCUUCUUUACUGGAAUCAAAUCGUUGUCUUCAACUUGGGCGACACCCUUGAAACUUGUCGUCCAAGACAUCAUCUUCGAUGGUGACAAGCGCGCGGCAGUUGAGAUGAAAGCAGUGGACGUAAUUUGCAAGAAUGGCCUUGCGUUCAAUAACGAAUAUGUCUGGGUGUGCCACUUUAACAAGGAAAACAGGAUUGUCAAGAUAAACGCAUUCAUGGACACCGAUUUGGUUACAAGGGCCAUCGAACAGAAUUCUGAUUGAGCGACAACUUCGGGCUGGGCCAGGCGUAUUUUAUCAAAAAUUGCCUCCUAAUCGGGAAUGGUACAACAAGAAAAUAAGGCUGUUGAGAUUUGUCCCCAAUCAAAGUACGGAAUUGUUUUACAUUCACACAACUCAAUACAGCGAAAGCUAUAAUUGGAUUUUGGAAUAACGUGGAGUACAAGUGAGUGACGCAUACAAGCGAGUGACGCAGGCUGUUAUACUAGUAAAUAGCAAAAUCUAGAGCCUUAUAACUUUACUUUUACUAAAGAUUAAUAAAUG